AUGUUCGGGAGGACACGGAGCGAUGCAAUGACCAGCCUCCUCACGGCCGAGGGGCCCAUCAGCCAAAGCCUGUCUGCACCCGAGGAGGAAGCGCAAGAUGAAGCCACAGAAGAAGCAUCGGAGGAGCCAUCCGUGAAGCCUAAGUUUCAAGCAAAAUUGGUGUGUGGCAUAUUUGAUGAGCGACCCUUCUUUCCCACGGUGCUGCUGGCAUCACUAUUGCUUGGUGCGCUUUGCAUGCUGACGGAGCAGCGGGAAUUGAUCAAAGAAAUGUGUGGAGGCUCUUGGUUGUUCACCAACUUCUUCUCUGUGCUCUACAUUGUCACACUGGCAUGCUUGUUGACGUGCCUUCUUUCGGACCCAGGACAGAUGAGCAGGGAGAAGCAUGAUGAGAUGCAAUCUGCCGGCCUCCCCUUGCCGAAACGGUCUCACAAAGCGUGGCUGUAUAAACGACCGAUCCUCCGGUUCGACCACUACUGCCGAUGGGUAACCAAUGUCAUAGGCCUGAACAAUCAUCGAGAGUUCAUGGUGAUGUGCACGGGGCUGGCUACCAUUGCCGUUUUGGGAUUUGCAGUGGAUGCGGCUCUUCUGUUGUGGUGCCUCCCUCAAUUCAGAUUUCCAAUCUUCGUUAUUCUCCAUAUGGGAUAUUCUGCAAUCUUUGGCAAGUACAUCAUGCCCAUAUUCACAAUCCACGUGGGGUUCGUCUCAAGGAGUGAGCUGGCGAAGGAUUACAAAAACGAUGAGUUUUGGGUUCUCAACGACGUGGAGACCGGUGAGAGCACUCCAGCGAAGGAUCUCGAUGCAGACAUCUACAACGAGGCUUUCGAUAAUGAUGCCCUCACCUACGACAGUCGGAGAAAUCCCUGGGACAAGGGCUGGAAGAGCAACUGUUUCACGUUCUGGUGCACUCCAAGAUGGACUCCGGAUCAGUUGGGCGAGUUUUAA